GUAAAAGAUCAAACUUCAUUCGCUUCAAUCGCGUUUUUCAUGUUUCUUUAAAUUUUUACACUUUCCGGCUUGAAUUUGUUUUUAAAACUGCACACAAACCUUCCUUUUGGAUAUAGUAUCGGUGCUGAGAAGAAAAUUAAAAAAAAAAUACAUAAAAAGUGCUAAAAUAUCAGGAAAAAAUAUCUUGAAAAUAUUAAAAAAAGGCAAAGUGAAAUAAUUAAACCUGAGUCAAAAUGAAUAAAUCCUGUGCCCGUUGCUCAAAAGUGGUUUACCCAAUAGAGGAAUUAAAAUGUUUGGAUAAAGUAUGGCACAAGACGUGCUUCAAGUGCACAGAAUGCAACAUGGCACUCAAUAUGAAAACAUACAAGGGCUUUAACAAAAGUCCGUAUUGUGAAGCACACAUCCCAAAAGCGAAAGCCACAACAAUAGCCGAAACACCCGAAUUGAAGAGAAUUGCUGAAAACACUAAGAUUCAGUCAAAUGUGAAAUAUCAUGCCGACUUUGAGAAGUCAAAGGGAAAGUUGACACAGGUCGCUGACGAUCCCGAAACUUUGAGAAUCCGACAAAAUACGAAAAACAUUUCUAAUGUUGCAUAUCAUGGCGAUAUUCAAAAGAAAGCGGCAAUGGAACGUCAACGUGAGAUCACAGAAAUUGUUGAUAAUCGAGACAACAAUGAAUCUGAAUACUUUUCCGAAACGUUAGCUGCUGAAUCAUUGCCACAUUAUCAGCCUGUGCCGUCGCCUUUGAAGGAAUCACCAUCACCAACAGCAACAUCACCAUAUUUGUCAUUCGAUGCGACAAAUCAUGCCAAUAAUGAUGGUCAACAACAACAACCGCAUCAUCAACAAAUGACGUCAUCAUCUGUACAACAACAUCAUAGCAAUAUGAUUAAUAACAAUCCAAAAUAUCAUCAACCACCUAAUUACAACAACGGCAACAUGAUAACAAAUGGCAAUGUACCAGUUCGAAACAAUGUUGUAAUGAGUGCUUCGAUUCCUUCGGGUGGCGUGUCAGCAUCAUCACAAAUGCAGCAACAAUUGCAGCAAAAGUAUUACGAUCAAUACGAAAACUACUCUAGACCGAGUCCAUCGUCGAACGGUAAUAAUGGUGGAGUAAAUGGGAACAGUAUUCAUCAGAAUGGUAUGAAUCACAACACUUCCUACAAUGGAACGAAGGGAUAUAGUGGACAUCCCCAACAAUUGACAAGCAGUUACAGUCAACAACAAAUGGCUUAUAACAAUCAUUUCUCGAAUCAUCAGAAUGGCGGAUCAGGUGUUGGCAAAAUUGCUGAUUAUGAUCCGUUGACAGAUGGACCACGAAAUAUUCCACAAGCAGCUCGUCCUAAUCAAACCUUGAUUUAUAGUUCAGAUCGUGCUGCACUUUCAAUGCAAAAUCAGCAGCGACGCAUUGGCUCUGUUAAUGAUAUCGAUCCACUUAAUGGAUAUUAUAGUUCAGCUGCUCAAGAACAACAAUAUUUGCUUCAACAACAGCAGCAGCAACAGCAGCAACAAUAUUUAGAGCAUCAGCAACGACUUGCUCAACAAUCACAACAUCAACAUCAUCAACAACAGCAACAUCAUCAACAAAAGGUUCAGUCUCAGCCUCAAAAUAGCAAUCACCAACCACAGACAAAGUCAAUAUCUAAAGUGCGAGUUUACCGAGCACUUUAUGACUAUGAAGCUCAAGAUAAUGAUGAGGUCAGCUUUACCGAAGGGGAUUUAAUUUUCGAAGUGAAUUCCAUUGAUGGUGGAUGGAUGACAGGUCGUGUAGAGCGCACCGGGCAAAUCGGAAUGUUGCCAGCCAAUUACAUUGAAUUGCAAAUGAUUUAAAUUCUGUUGAAGUAUUUUUACAUUUUUCCUUGAAAUUUAAACUUUUUUAGUAUCUAUAUACACAUAAAUUAAACUACACAAACAUAUGCAAAAAAUUGACACUUUCUGCUAUCUUAAAUAAUUAAUCUGCAUUAUUAUAAAAGAUUAACUUUUUUUUCUUUUCAUUUUUGCUUCAAAUCUUCUUCCUAAGAUUUCGUCCAAAGUCGCCAAAAGCAAUUUAAUAAGAAGAAAAAUAUUAGAAAGUGCACUUACAUCUUCAACAUUAUCAGUCAAUCAACUAAAUAGAUUUAUUAUCUUCUUAUGAAACUUUUGAUAAUUCCUGAAUGUUUAAAUGUAAAAACAUUUCCAUCUGAAAUUAAACCCCUUAAAACAAUGUGCUAAAUUUUUAUUGAAAUUAUUCAACUAAAGAAAAUAAGCUGUUUUCAAGUUUUCACUUGUUUUAUAUCGUAGUUAAGGAUUAAAAUGAAAAUUAAACUGUUUGAAACGAGUGUGAAUCGUAAGAAAUUGAAAAAUUUAUUGAAACGAUGAUUAUUUUGAGAUGAUUUAACAUGAUGUGGGUAUAAAAACUAAAGAAAUAUUUGUAUUCAAUAAACUAUAAUUAAUGAAUAUAUAUCUAGAAAAACGGUUCUAAAUGAAUAUGUAAUGUGGAGGAACUAAAGUUUUUCCAUUUAUAAGAAAAGCUUAAGAUCGUAGGUGAUAGAGCAAUAAAAAUAUACAAUUUGUAGAAUCAUAUAUGUAAAUAAGCGAAAAUCCAUUUAAUUGUUUAUUAAUUUUUUCAUUUUUCUGCUCAGAUGUCAAAGAUCGAUUCUGAAAUUCGAAUAAAGAAAUGUAUGGAAAACUAAAAUAUUAUUUUAAUUAUCUUUUCCGUUCAUUUUUUAUUUGUUCUCCAGUAUUUCAGUCUUAGAUAAUCAAAUUAAAUUUUCCCUACCUUCUUCUUCUCUCUCGCUUACGCCAACUGCUUAAAUUAAAUUAAAAAAGAAAUAAAGUCCCGCAAUAAAAAUUCAAAAACCUCUGC